AUGGGCGAGGGUUCUGUACAAAAUAGUAGUAGAUUUAAUUUAGACGAAAAAGAAUCAGACUCCGAAAGUUGUGCUAGUGAAAAAUCAUUGAGCGAGGUUGAAAACGGUAAUGAAUUAGAAAUUUCAGAUUAUAAUUUACUAUCUAGUAAUGUGCACAAUCUCUCGCUCUUGGUUGACGAGGUGAAAAAAUAUGGAAUCCUUCAAAGCUUUAACGCGUACCCCUUUGAAAAUAAACUUUUCUGCAUAAAAAAAAUGGUCAGACAAGGAAACAAAGCACUUCAACAAGUAGCUAGAAGAAUAAAUGAAAUGGCUUUAGUGGAUAUUGACAGGGAACCUAAUAAGUCUAAAAAUAGUUAUAAAGUUUCAAACAUUAAGUGUAAGCUCGUCAGCGUUUUGUUAGACACAAAUUUAUAUUUUGUGCCAUUACUACAUACUUUAUAA